AUGUUCUGUCCCAAUACGAAGCGUAGACGAUUGUCACUCUUCGGCGGUGGCGCUGAGCAGUAUAAGGCUGCCGUCUCCGCCGGCGAGAUGGAGAACGACGACUUCGCGGAUGUCGAAUGGCUGAACAACCGCGACCACGGAGGGAGAAGGGUGGUUACCAGCCCAGAGGCAGAGUCCGAGGAUCAAGGCUCAAUCGGAAGACACAGCGGCGCUGGGCCCUUGGGCCGUAACGCGGAUGCGAUGGAUCUGGCUGGAGUCGGAGAUGGGAUUCUGGAAUGCCUGGUCACGCAACCUAUCAAAGAGAACGACGGCUCUAAGGAUGCCUUUGUAUCAUAUUUGGUUACUACGAAUACCACCUUCCCUUCCUUCCAGAAACCCACCACCAGCGUUCGCAGACGAUUCACGGACUUUGUCUUCCUCUAUAAGACUUUGAGCAGAGAAUACCCAGCAUGUGCAGUCCCUCCGUUACCAGAUAAGCACAAGAUGGAGUAUGUCCGGGGAGACCGCUUCGGGCCAGACUUUACACAACGCCGCGCCAACUCCCUCCAUCGAUUCCUUACCCGCUUGGCCCUUCACCCAGUCCUUCGCCGUAGCGCUCUACUCAUCAUCUUCCUCGAGAGUACAGACUGGAACGCUACUAUGAGGAGCCGGCCUCAUCGCGGCGGCUCGGCUUCCGAGCAAAAUUCGGGUGUCUUUGACAACUUUACAGAUACCUUUAUCAACGCCUUCACCAAAGUCCAUAAGCCCGACAAGCGCUUCAUCGAAGUCCGCGAGAAGUCGGACAAGCUAGACGAAGACCUAGGUCACGUUGAGAAGAUCGUUGCGAGAGUCGCUCGCCGCGAGAACGACCUGGAGGCCGAUCUCAAGGAACUGGCCGAGCAGUUCCAGAAGCUAGUCCUGCUCGAGCCCGGCGUCGAAGAGUCUAUCAACCUAUUCGCACACACGGUAGAAGACACCUCCAGCGGGAUGCGACGGCUGAAGGAGCACACGGACCAAGAUUACCUGGGCAGCCUGCGGGAUAUGCAAGCCUACAGCUCCGCCGUCAAGAACCUUUUGAAGGCCCGCGAGCAGAAACAGCUCGACUUUGAGCAGCUGACCGAGUACCUGGCUAAGAACACCACAGACAGGGAUAUGCUCGUCGCCAACGGGCCCAGCGGGUCGACGGGUGCGGGCUCCUUCAUCCAGCGCAAGAUCGAGGACGUGCGGGGCGUGGACCCCAGCCUGUCGCACCGUGAGCGGCUGCGCAAGAUCGAGCUGCGCAUCGACGACCUGACGCGCGAGGUAGAAGAGGCUAAGAAGACGACCGAGGCCUUUGACGAGGAGGUUGUGAGGGAGGUGCAGGAUUUCGAGCGCAUUAAGCGGAUCGAGUUCAAAGCGCAGUUUGGCGCGCUGGCGGAUGCGCAUGUUGAGUUCUACGGGGAGGGUAUCGCGCACUGGGAAAGAUAUGUGAGGGAGAUGGAGUCGCUGGGAGCGCCAAUUGCUUGA